UUUGCGCCUAUGGAGCUGUGGUUUAUCAAAACUUGAGUACGCAAUGAUCACAACAUGUUCUAACAGGAAUGUUAGUCCAAGCUGAAUUGUACUCGAUAAUAUCCGCAGUCGUGAAAUUCUGGAAACAUGGUGCCUAUAAAAGAAAAAAAACCGAAUAUUCUUCCGCGCCAUAUAUAUAUAUGUAUCAGGUAUGUAGAUCACAGUAUGCGCACACACAUACACGCAAAAAAAAAAAAUAAAAAAUAAUAUUCUAAAACGAACAUACUCGAGUGGUAGAGGCAAUCGAUUGUUCUUCCGACUUCGACGGACGAGCGGAAACGUUCCUGCGCCGCGCGUUCAGAUUGACGCGUGCCUGGCUACGAACGGGCCCGGUAGCCGUAGGGCGUGAAUCGACGGUCGGUUGACGGUUAACGGUGGCCGCAGAAUCAGUGCUCGCCUGUCCACGGUCGGAUCCGAUGGUCACGGGGCGCAGAUCGACAGGCGGCGGAGGGGGCUCUGCAGCCAGCGCAGCAAUCACGGAGGCAUACGUGUCCCUCCACCCUUGCUCGUACAUGGCCCACAUAACUUCAUCAGCCCUAAGACGUUCGAUGUCCAUACUGGCGACAUCGGACACGGUCAACGAUGGCGGCGGUGUCGAACCCGAAGGUCCGUCGCUCGCGAUCGCUCUUCUUUCCUCGGUCAUCUUGAAUUCUGGUGCAAUUUGAUCGAUGAAGUACAAUGUUCGUGACGGUGUCAGAAACGGUUGUGAGCUAAUUCGAAAGCUUUUCCAAAUACUCGGAUUCCCGUUGUCAAUUGGCAACCAGAUAAAUUUACAUUCCGUUAGAGUAAUGAUGGCCAGCAUCGAGAACGACAACAAAACCAGUACCGUUUAUGAGAAAAAUUUAACAGUAUGUGAAGAUAUUCAUGUAGAUGAUAUAGGCAAUGAAGAUAAAGCAUUAGAUAUUAUUAUUCCAGAUUUAAAUACUUCAAUGUUAAUGGUGAUCAUGAUAAUAUAUCUGCGUGCAAUGGUUGCUUUGAAGAUAAAACACUGACCCUAGUAGAAGAUUUAGAUAAAAUGUCAAACCAAUAUGAAAGAUUUCCUCAUGAUCCAGCUUUACUUUUAUGUUCAAAUAUUUCAAUUGAACGUUUUUCACAAAUUGUACUUCAAGAACCAUGUCAACCACAACCAACCUAGUUAAAAAACGGUAUAUUUCCUUUAAGAAAACAAGGAAAACAUUCAAGGUUGUUCCAUGAGCAACAUUAUUUUAAAAAGAUUGCAACUGGAAAGUUUGUUAGACGUAAAUGGUUAUCUUAUUCUCCAACUGAGGAUAAAGUUUAUGGUAUAGUGUACAAAUAAUUUGGCACAACAGAUAGCAAAUCUAACCAACUUGCUAGAAAUGGUUCAAACGACUGGAGACAUAUUUUUUAUAAACUUGAUAAUCAUGAAGCAUCACCAAACCAUUUGCAGUCAAAGGUUAGAAAAGUAAUGUAUUUGAAUAAUCAAAGAGUAAAUAUAAAAUCUUUAUAAAACUCUAUUACCAAAGUUACUGAAAAUAGAGAGAUUGUAAAAAUAAUAUUAGAAGUGUUACUAUAUCUCACUCGUCAAAAUUCAUCUUUUAGAGGUCAUGAUGAAUCAUGGCUAUCUAAAAAUCAGGGAAAUUUCUCUUGAAUUUAUUAAGCUUUUAAACAAUUCGCUAUAAGCAAAGGCCUUACUGAAAUAGAUCUUCCUCAAGAACGAGUUUGACGCAAAAAAAGGAUGCCAGGUGAAAAUACAUCCGAUCAUUAUGUUACAAAACAAGAUGAUAAUGAUUUAGAUCUAUACAAUUGGUAGGUAU